AUGCUGGUCACAUACGUGACAUCGAGCCACCAAACGGGCCACGAUGGAUUCACCGCGAGCUACGAAGCGGUUUGCGGCGGCGAGAUCGAAGUGGAGGACACGGGCCAUUUGGAGUCGCCCAACUACCCGGAGGGCUACCAGUCCAGCAAGGAGUGCGUCUGGAAGUUGUCCGUGCCGCAGAACUUCCAAGUGGCGUUGAAGUUCCAGUCGUUCGAGAUCGAGAACCACGACAAUUGCGUGUACGACUACGUGGAGGUGCGGGACGGCCAUAACGCGGACUCGCCGUUGAUCGGGGUUUACUGCGGUUACAAGAUACCGCCGGACAUUAAGUCCACCGGCAACAAACUUCUGGUGAAGUUCGUUAGCGACGGCUCGGUGCAGAAGGCUGGGUUCUCGGCGACGUUCAUGAAAGAAUUCGACGAGUGUGUUUUGAUCGAGCACGGCUGCGAACAUAAUUGCAUCAAUACUCUGGGUGGAUUCGAAUGUUCUUGCAAGCCUGGCUACGAGUUACACUCGGAUGGGAAGCACUGCGAAGAUGCCUGUGGCGGAGUGUUCGAGGACAGGAACGGAACUAUCACGAGUCCCUCGUUUCCGGUGACUUAUCCGGGGAACAAGGAUUGCGUCUGGGAAAUUAUAGCGCCACCUCAGUAUCGCAUCACGCUGAAUUUCACGCAUUUCGAUCUGGAGGGGAACAAUGCUCGUCAACAGGAUUGCGAGUACGAUUCGGUGGAAGUGAGCAGCAAGCUUGGAGACGAUCUUCUGAGGAAACAUGGGAUUUUCUGCGGCUCGAGGCUACCAUCGUUAAUUAUCUCAGAGGGGAACUCUCUGAGAGUGACGUUCACAUCUGAUAAUAGUAUUCAGAAAACCGGCUUCGCCGCUGUUUUCUUCACCGACAUGGACGAAUGCGCGAACAACAACGGCGGUUGCCAACACGAGUGCAGAAACACAAUAGGCUCUUAUCAAUGUUCGUGUCACAACGGCUUUACACUUCACGAAAAUGGACACGACUGCAAGGAAGGCGGUUGCAAGUACGAAAUCGUCGCACCAAUGGGCACUAUAACAUCGCCCAACUAUCCAGACUAUUAUCCCGGCCUCAAGGAUUGCGUCUGGCACUUUGUUACCAAGCCAGGACAUCGUAUCAAAUUAAUUUUCAAAGUUUUCGAGAUGGAGUCGCAUCAAGAAUGCAACUACGAUCAUAUCGCCAUUUAUGACGGCGAUUCGCCGGAUAGUCACGUGCUGGGCAAAUUCUGCGGCACCAAAGAGCCGCAUCCAAUCUUGGCAACUGGAAAUCAGAUGUACAUGGUGUUUAAGAGCGACGCUUCCGUCCAGAGGAAAGGUUUCCUCGCAACCCACAGUACGGCUUGCGGUGGCCAUUUGAGUGCGACGGCCGAGGUGAAGCAUUUGUACUCGCACGCGAAGUACGGCAGCCACAAUUACGACCACAGGACCGAUUGCGAUUGGGCGAUCGAGGCACCGUCCGGCAAAAAUGUACAUCUCACGUUCGUCACGUUCCAAUUGGAGUCAGAGAGCGACUGUAAUUACGAUUUCGUCGAGAUCUACUCCGGCUUGGACACGUCGGGCCUUCUCUACGGCCGAUAUUGUGGAAAUAGCAACACCACCGAGUUCAUAUCGAUAAACGAGGCGUUGCUAGUAAGAUUCAGAACGGACGACACGAUAUCGAACAAAGGUUUCAUGGCGUUGUUCGUCGCGGUUGACCAGGACAACGGUGAAAAUUACGGUGGCUCGGAGGACGAGGACGCGGACGAGGAGAACCUCUGA